AUGACAUCUUCAUUAGCAUCCUCAGUUUCCGAUCUAUUGUCACCCGUUCUGGCUGAUGAAGGAAUUGAGUUGGUUGAUGUCGAAUAUCAAGUUGAUACCCAGACGUUAAAACUUCUGAUUCAUAAGCCCGGCGGUAUAAGUAUCGAAGAUUGUCAACAGGUGAGCCGAAUUGCGAACCCGAUUCUUGAUGUGCACGACAUGAUACUAGGCACAUACAAUCUUGAAGUCGCUUCGCCGGGACUGAAUCGACCGCUUAUUACAGAAGCCGAUUUCCGCAGGAAUUUGGGGCGAAAGGUUCAAAUAGAGGUGUCCACCACGACCGAAAAUUGUUCGCAAUUCAACGGCACCCUAAACCAAGUCAGCGAUGGAAAAAUCUUGCUGACCCUGCUUUUCUGGAAAGACGGUUCAAAUUGCAAUUUCCGAUAUUGUUCAAGCCCAAAUCCAACUGAUGUGGUAAAGUUUUGGAUGGAGGGUGGAGUUCAUACAAUGAAUAAUGAUCUAGUCAUGACCAUUCGUCAGAUUAUGGAUCAGACGGAGCUGCCGCAGACAAUCUUUAUUGAAGCAAUCGAAGCAGCACUAUACUCAGCAGCCAAGCGGCGCUACGGCUCGACACGAGGGGUGUCGAUUAAAAUUGAUCCCGAGUUGGAGAAUAUUAGAUGUUUCGUCCCGAAAAAAGUGGUUGAGAUUAUGCACCACUUUGCUACGGAAAUUCCCAUUGAGGAAGCAUUAAAGGUAAAACCCGAUGCCCAGCUAGAUGAGGUUAUUGAGGUUGAAAUCGAUCCGAGCGAAUUUGGGAGGAUUGAAGCCCAAACAGCACGUCAAAUCCUUGUCCAAAAAAUAAAAGAAGCAGAACGAGAACAAAUCUAUCAGGAGUAUAAAGAACAGGAAGGCGAAAUCAUUACAGGCUACUUCCAACGAACCGAACGUGGCAACCUCAUCCUCGACUUGGAGCGGACGGAAGGCCUCCUCCCUUAUAGUGAAGUGCCUCGCCCACACGAUUAUCGACGGGGUGAUGCGCUGAAGUGCUUGAUCGUGGAGGUAAACGUAGAUCAAAAAGGACCGCAAAUUAUUCUUUCGCGUACACAUAAUGGUCUAAUCGCCCGUUUGUUUGAAAUAGAAGUUCCCGAGGUUUAUGAUGGCUUAGUUCGAAUUAUGGCAAUUGCGCGCGAUCCGGGAGACCGUGCAAAGGUCGCUGUCAUUGCGACAGAUGAGAGUAUUGACGCGGUUGGCACUUGUGUGGGCGUCAAAGGGUCACGUGUUCAAACAGUUGUAAGGGAGUUAGAGGGUGAGAAAAUCGAUCUCCUUCCAUGGAAUCAGGAUCCCGCACUCUUCAUUGCGAAUGCCUUGCAGCCUGCUGACGUUGUGCGUGUGAAUGUUAAUGACGAAUAUACAAGUGCGGAAGUAAUCGUGCCGGAUGAUCAACUCUCCUUAGCGAUUGGUCGGCGUGGACAAAAUGCGCGUCUCGCUGCGAAACUCACUGGUUGGAAAAUCGACAUAAGAAGCGAAUCUGAAACGGAUACACAAUUUAAGGAAGAGAUUGCGGGAGAAUUGUUCAAACCCGUCAAGACUGAUUCGUCUUCCUCAGCCGAUGAAUCGGAUCCUGACGAGACGACCGAUCUGUCUCACCCGGCUGGACUCGAUUUAACCGAAUUGGAGGGUGUCGGCACUAAAACUGCUGAACUUCUUAGGGAUUCUGGUUUCUCGACAGUUGAAUCAAUCGCUCAAGCAACGUUGGAAGAACUCUCAUCAUUGCCGGGAAUUGGUUCCAAGACCGCUGAGAAAAUUCAUCACGCUGCAUCGAAGAUACUUUCGGGUUAA